CGGCCUGAUGCUACAGUAACUAUCUCUAUACAGACUAGAGGCAAUCAAAUUAAGACGAUCAUCCUAUAUAAUAUAAGUACACAAGCAAACAACAAGCACCAGUCCUCUCGAUCUCCCACUUGGUUCGUUCUCCAGCACAGCACAGCACAGCACAGCAGGUGAUGGUGAUGGUGAUGGCGUCCUCCGCCGCCACCACCAGCACCAGCAGCAGCACCCUCCUCCUCCGGCUGCUCUGCCUCUGCACCGUCUUGCCAGUCACCCUGCAAGCGGCGCGCCCGACCAACAUCACCAUCGGCGCCCUCUUCGCCUUUGACUCCGUCAUCGGAAGGUCCGCCAGGACAGCCAUCCAGCUCGCCGUCGACGACGUCAACCGCGAUCCCACCGUGCUGAGCGGCACCAACCUCAGCGUCAUCUUCCAGGACACCAAGUGCAGCGGAUUCGUCGCCACAAUCCAAGCCGGCAUGGAGCUGAUGGAGAAGGAGGUGGUGGCCGUGGUGGGUCCCGAGUCGUCGGUCAUCGCACACGUCGUCUCCAACGUCGCCAACGAGCUACGCGUGCCGCUGGUGUCCUUCGCCGCCACUGACCCGGCGCUCGCCUCGUCGCAGUACCCCUACUUGGUCCGCGCCGUGCACGACGACCGCUUCCAGAUGGCCGCCGUCGCCGACAUCGUGUCGCUCUACGGAUGGAGGGAGGUCACCGCCGUCUACGUCGACGACGACUACGGCCGCGGCGGCGUUGCCGCGCUCACCGACGCGCUGCAGCCCACGCGCGCCAGGGUGACGUACAAGACCGCCUUCCCGCGGGGCGCCGACCGCGCCACGCUCGCCAACCUCCUGCAGCUCGCCAACUCCAUGGAGUCGCGCGUCUUCGUCGUCCACGCCAGCCCGGACUCUGGCCUCGACGUCUUCGCCGCCGCGCAUGACCUCGGCAUGAUGGUCGCAGAGUACGCCUGGAUCGCCACCGACUGGUUCGCCGCCGCCGCCAUCGAUGGUGCGCCUGCCGCCGCCUCCGAGUCCAAUAAUAAUAUCAUACAGGGCGUCCUCACGCUGCGCCAGUACAUCCCGGACUCGGACGCCAAGGCGUCGCUCGUCUCCAGGCUCGCCGGCGCCGCCAUACCACCUAGUAGCAAUAAUGAUGCCACCGUCGCCGCCAAUGCGUACAGCCUCUUCGCCUACGACUCCGUCUGGAUUGCGGCGCACGCCAUUGACCAGUUCCUCGACGAAGCCGCCGGCAACGUCACCUUCUCCGCCGACCCCAACAUCCGCGACGCCAACGGCAGCGCGCUGCGACUCAGCGCGCUCAGGGUGUUCGACCAGGGCGACCAGCUGCUCCGGAAGGUCAUGCUCGCCAACUUCACCGGCGUCACGGGCCAGGUGGCGUUCCAGUUCGACGCCGAUGGGAACAAUGGGACCGGGAGUGGGACCCUCAUCAACCCGGCUUACGAGAUCCUCAACGUCGCCGGCGGUAACACGGGCGUCCGCCGGGUCGCCUACUGGUCCAACUACACGCGCCUGUCGGUGGACGCGCCCACGCUGCUCGACGACGGCGGGCCGCCGCCCAACAGCACCAGCACGAGCACGACACCCCAGCAGCAGCAGCAGAUGUCCAACGUCACGUGGCCCGGUGGCAUGACGACCACGCCGCGCGGGUGGGUGUUCGCCGACAACGGGACGCCGCUGAGGGUCGGCGUGCCGUACCGGACGUCGGACACGGAGUUCGUGUCCAAGGACGACACGAGCAAAGACGGCGUGAGCGGCUACUGCAUCGACGUGUUCGAGGCGGCGUUGCAGCAGCUCCCGUACCCGGUGCCGGUGUCGUUCGUCCUGUUCGGCGACGGCGUGACGAGCCCCAGCUACGACGAGCUGGUGCAGAAGGUGGCGGACGGAUUCUUCGACGCGGCGGUGGGCGACAUCUCGAUCGUGACGAACCGGACGCGGGUGGUGGACUUCACGCAGCCGUACAUCGACUCCGGGCUGGUGAUCGUGUCGACGGUGAAGUCCAGCAGCUCCGACGAGUGGGCUUUCCUCAAGCCCUUCACGCCGGAGCUGUGGGGCACCUUUGUCGCCAUGUGCGUCUUCGUCGGCGCCGUGAUCUGGAUCCUGGAGCACCGGCACAACGAGGAGUUCCGGGGGUCGCUGUGGAACCAGAUGCGCACCCUCUUCUGGUUCAGCUUCUCAGCAAUAUUCUUCACGCAAAGAGAGGAGACAAUUAGCAGUCUUGGUCGCUUCGUCGUCAUCAUGUGGCUCGUGGUGGUUCUCAUCAUCACCCAGAGCUACACAGCCAGCCUGACGUCCAUCCUGACGGUGCAGCAGCUGUCGACGGGCAUCCAGGGCAUCAACGACCUCCUCGCCUCCAACGACCCCAUCGGCUACCAGCAGGGCUCCUUCGCCGGGAGCUACUUGAUCAAUGAGCUCGGCGUCAAGGCGUCGCGCCUCCGGGAGCUGGCCAUCGAGGAGUACGCCGACAGGCUGCAGCGCGGGCCCAGGGACGGCGGCGUGGUGGCCAUCGUCGACGAGCUGCCCUACGUGGAGCUCUUCCUCUCCAGCAACUGUCAGUUCACGAUGGUGGGCCAGGAGUUCACCAAGGGCGGAUGGGGAUUCGCUUUCCCGCACGAAUCCCCGCUUGCGGUGGACCUGUCGACGGCCAUCCUGAAGCUGUCGGAGACCGGCGACCUGCAGCGGAUCCACGACAACUGGCUCAACCAGGGGACGUGCGACACGCAGUCGCAGGGCACCGGCGGCGGCGCCUUAAGGCUCAGCGUCGCCAACUUCGGGGGCCUCUUCCUUAUCUGCGGCGUCGCCUGCGGCGUUGCCCUGCUCAUCUACUUCGCCAGGAUACUUUUCCAGUUCUACCAGUACCACCGCCACGGGACAACCGACGGCGGCGCCAAAGAGGAGGAGGAGGACGGCGGCGGCGGGCCGUUCCCUGACAAGGAGAGGAGCAUGCGGUGGCGCCUCGCCACCAGGCAGAGCAGCUUCCGGGACCUCAUGUACUUCGUGGACAUGAAGGAGUCGGAGGUGAAGGCGGCCAUGGCCGUGCGGAGCAGCUCCACCAAAUCCACGGCCCGGUCACGCAGCGACACCUCUGAUGGGCCGUCCUCCCCGUAGAUACAUACAUACAUACGGUUUUCCAACACCUGGUGCUCCCGAGGCAGAUCUGGCUAUAGGCGGCGGUUGCACACCUACAUGCAAGAGGAGGGAAGCAGGGGCAGCUGCCACGGGAGGUGGCGUCGGCUACCUGCGUGUUUGGCUGCCACGAGAGGUGGCGGUGGUCCGCUAACCCCCGAGGCAGAUUUGACCAUAUAUAGACGGUGGCCACACACCCCAUGCAUGAGGGAAUGAGGAGGGUGGCAGUACGGGCAUCUUCAUCUUGGGAGCGAGAGUGAGAGAGAGAUGAGGAAGGUGGCAUAGACAUCUCCAUCUUGCUGUCUCGUGCCAGUCCGAUGCAUGGCCCUGUGCUUUGGGUCAUGUGCCAGCCUAAGCCCGCACAACACCAGGCCGUAUCGUGCUUGGUCGUUUGGGCCAAAAAGUUAUGCUUUUGGGGCGGGCUGCCGUGUUUGGUUGAUUGUCCAGAUCAGACAAACCAUCAGUUUUAACUAUACGAUGGCCAUAAUCUAGUAUUGCCUGGCAGACUUUUACGUUACAGAAGUGUAUAUGUGCUCGAUUCUCGUGUAAUAUUGUAGGAGUAUGUUGGGCAAGAAUCAAACAAGAGAUAUCAAUAUAUAAUAACCAAAUCAAUCAAUCAGUGAAUAAAUUGCUGCUCAUCAUUAUCCAAAGU